UUACUCCUCAUUCUGUGAAUACCGAGACCUCGAAUUCGUUUGUUUUGUUUUUGCCCCCCUCCCGCCCCCUCACCACACAGGUCAUUCAUUGUUAGACUGGAUAUUACGAGGAUGAAUGAGGGUGAACAAUAACCUUCCGUGUUACGUGCCUUGGAAACUUGUCCAGACUAUUCAAGGAUUGGAAACUAAUUUUUAUUUUCAAUUUUUGGUGAGAGAACAGAACGGAAAUGGCUACACCACCAGAAGCUGUAAUCGAUCCACCCCUCAAUGAUCCAGUUACAAAGGCAGUUGUUGAUAAUAUUAUGGGUAAUUUACCCACUAAAAAACCACUGGUUAGGUGCAAUGAUUGUGACCUAUGCUUCACCAGUCAGACCGUUCUGGACGCACAUUUACAGGGUGCCCGACAUGCCAAACAGAUAAGAUCUAAAGUCAUAAUGGCGAGCCUCGAAGAGACCAAAGUGGCAUUCACCAAGGACCAAGAGGCCAAUGGACUCAAGUGCAAUGUCUGCAAUGUUUGUCUAAAUUCGAUACAACAGCUUCAGACACAUCUCAAUGGGAACCGUCACAAGAAGAAAGUGAUGAAAGGUACCUGGACCGAGACUGAUGAGGACGAGAAAUCCAAGGAUCCUCCAGCUCCAGAGGUGAUGCCUCCACCGACUCCUACAAAAGGGGCUCUCCUCUCUUGCAACACUUGCAACAAAUUCUUCAAUUCACAGGCUCAAUAUGAUGUGCACAUUGCGUCCAAGAAACACACACACAAAAUAAGUCGUUCAGUCCCUCCGAAGACGAAGAAGAAGCGGUUCAUGCCGUACAAGAGAAAAACUAAGUCCAAUGGAAAUGGACCAGGUCAGGUGCAUCUGUCCAAAAACUUCGUGUCUGGUGGAUAUGUCUAUAACUCGUAGGUAGAUGCUCCACGAACACUUCAUCCCGCUUGAAUUCACCUGAACUCGUUAUCUUCUCCUGUCUCUCUUUUUAAUUCGUAUUCACAGUAUUAAUUACGUAAUAAUUUAUGAGAAAUAACAAUCUCCUGAUUAAAUUGCUUCUAGGAUCAAUCAGUAGACAUUAAAUUCAUAUGCAAAGGUGAAUUUGAGGAAAAAUCUGUGAUGAAUCGAUGUUAUUUCAAGAAUAGGUGAUUGAAAUUUUCCUCAGGAUAUUCUAUUCGCUGAUCUCGAUCGAGUGCUUGGUACGCAGCAAAUGUCAGACUGAAAAUUAUAAUAUAAUACUUUAUUCAAUUUUUGAAUUUAGAAUUUGAUAAUUAGGAGAGGGGUUAACUGCUGUUAAACGAUUUAAAUCAAAUGUCCAAACUCACUUUAUUAAUCGAUUGGUUACUAUGUGUAAAUUAAGUGUAAUUGAGUGAUCCAAUUUCAUUGAUAUGAUUCAUUAAAUAAUCUAAUUGAAGUGUCAA